CCAAUAUUACACUAUAUGUUAACUAAGAUUUAAAUAAAAAUUUGGAAGAAAAAAAAAGCCCUACAUGACUUCCACACCAUGUUAAACAGAGAAACCAAGAUUCUAAGAGAGUCUGAUGGGCCUGCCCUGGACUCUUGACUCAGCUUUGCUUACCAUAGGUAGAGGAAUGGAAACAUGUUCCAGCUGGGCCUAUCAGGGUCUGAAAUAGAGCCCCAGAAGGGACUGAACCACAUGUCUCCAGGAUUCUUCUCCCAGUGUCAUCAAUUGAAGAGAGGAGUCAAGCCUCCAUGGGAAUUCACACAGAGGAUUGGACCACUGGUGUAAGGAGAGAGAUUGCAGCUGGGAAGGAAGUGGUGCCAAGAGCUGCAGCUGCAAAAACUGCAAAUGAAUCUACAGUUAUCUCAAAAUAAAAAGAUAACUUUUAAAAAAUCAAAACUUGGAGGCCAAGAUAGGGAAACCAGUAUGUCAGUUUGGCAGUUAUGACAUGAGCUUUGAAUCUGUGACAUCAUAAUGUCAGUGAUCUCGGACCACUGUGGAAUCUUCAGGCUUCAAGCAUUUGACAGUACUCUGCCAAGUGCUGUAGACUCACUCGAUUUCCCGUCCCAUGAAUUGAAGAAAAAAGGAUGUUCACGUCAAUCAGGAAGCAUGCUGAACUUACAGGUGGUCAUUCAAGGCUUCACUGCAUGAGGAAGAGCUCGUCUGUGGAGGUGGACACCCACAGCGAAAGCACUACAUCAUCUGAGGGUGCCACUCGUACUGUGCUCAUCCAUGGCCCCGUUGAACUCAAGAGGGGCUGGAGGAGGCAGAAGCGGCAGCUUUUCUUGUACAGCAAUUUGUUGCUGAUAUCUAAUACCAAGUAUAAAAAAAAACCUUUAAGAUAAAAAAUAAAAUACCACUGAACACCAUGUGGAUUGCAACUGCAUGGAUACAGUGGGAGAUGCCAACAUCCAUUCUGUGAGGUCCUUUGUGUUGGGCUGGCCCACGGUGAACUUCCUGGCUACCUUCAGGCACACAGUGAGAGAGAGAGAGGCAGAGACACAGGCAGAGGGAGAAGCAGGCUCCAUACACCGGGAGCCCGACGUGGGACUCGAUCCCGGGUCUCCAGGAUCGCGCCCUGGGCCAAAGGCAGGCGCUAAACCGCUGCGCCACCCAGGGAUCCCUCCCCUCAAAAUCUUAACUGAGAACAUCAAGAACUGUGCCUGUGGCUCUGAGAAAGACUACCAGCUGUGGGCAAGUUCUGGCAAGGAAGAACUUCCACUAAUUGGACAUGAAUAUCCCUAUGGAAUUAAAAUGAGCCAUCUUCCAUCUACUAAACUGCUGCCAAAGGAACCAGAGGACUCCAUCUCUCCUUCCACAACUCAGGAGUCCCUCCUUCUGGAGCAGAGGAUCACAGAGAUGCAAAGCCAGUUCAUCCUGAAGCCCAGGCACCCAGCCCAGAACAAGCAAGGGAGAGAUUCAGGCCAGAAGAUCAUGCAAAUCAGUGCUUUCAGAAACUCGGCCUUUUGCCAGUGCGCUGGCACUUGCCAGAACAACCAGUGCACAGCUGCACCAUCUGCAAAACCAGGACAGCUCUUUGGAGUUUCCCUCAUGGAUAUCUGUGAUAAGGACAACUUGCCCUUCCCAAUUCUGGAUAUGCUUUCCUUUAUCAAUCAGAAAGGGCCACUCAUGGAAGGCAUCUUCAGAAAAUCAGCCAGUAUAAAAUCAUGCAGAAUCCUAAAGGAGAAAUUAAAUUCUGGGGACACAGUUAACUUGGACAGCGAAUCUGUUCUUGUGGUAGCAUCUGUUUUCAAGGUGGGGAAAGUUCUAGUUUUAUCCACACAUGAGUAACUGAAGCUGUGAUUGGUGUCUUUCAUUAUGAUUGCCCAGGAACCAUCAUAGGCAUAACUGAUUAAGGCCUUGUCAAACUGAAAAACACUUCAUGAAAUCAAAAUUUAAGGAAGCUACUGUAGGAGUUAAAAGCCCCAUAUAUUAGAAAUACUUUGUUUUCACCACACACCACCCACCUGAGGACUCCAUGCAAAAUACUAAUACUAAAAUGACUACUAGUAAUAAUAAUAAACUUCAAAAUAUACACUGCCACAUACAUAAUGUUUACCAAAGCAAACAUCCUGCUUUUGAUGACUUCCUCACCACCCUCUUAAUGAAGGCAGUUUCCAAAAUAAAAAUCAUAUGAAACAUUUGAAAAUAGGUAUAGAAGUUCACAAUAGUAAGCAAAUGUUUACUUUAUGAGGAAUCCAAAAAGGCUCGGUGAGGCGACCAAAUCAUUCUUAACCAUCACUGUCUCCUCUUUCUUAAUGCCUUUUACAAGUCAUGGAGGAAGGAUUUCGGCAUUUGUGUCUCUUUCCACCACAUCCUAAGCAUCCUUUCGUUAAUAUUUGUGAUGUCUAUCCCACCAUCCAAGGCUAUAAUGACAUGGUAACCAGCUCUUGCUACAUGCCUCUUUUGAUAAAUCUAACUUUUGGAGUAGGUGCAACAGACAAAAGGAGUUUGGAAUUCUGAAAAUGCAAUAGAUCGACUCAAGAAAUAGAUUAAUUUUGAAAUUAUGCAGCUAAAUCACAGAUAUCCAAUUCUAUUGCUAAAACGGUAAAUGGAGAAAGAAGUGAGAACUAGAACCAAAAAUUUAAUUCAUCUACCUUGGCACUUGCUAACAGCUCUGGUCAAAUCUAUGGUAAUGCAGUAAUGAUGACACUCUUAGAAUCAAGGUCAUAUUUGGUCUUUCCUUGUCACAUUUGGUCUUUCCUUGUCCCCCAUUACUGUUCAACUACACGAUAAAUAGCAAUAGUCCCUGCCCACUACCUCACAGGCCUGCAGUAAAACACAAAAAUAAAUAUAUAUACAGGCAUCAAGAGACAGGGGAAAGAAUGAUGAUACAUUAGGUACUUGGAUAGCAUGGUAAG